AGGAAGGAUGGAGGAGAAUCAGUGGUUACAGUUUCAGUUCCUGUCAGGUUCUGAGGAGCCAUCAGAUCUGGAUGUUUCUCUGGUUCUGUUCAGAUCCAAUCUGGGCCUCUGACGUCCCACUUCAUUUGUAAGCCUCCAGCUCAGAGCGCCGCAGUCUGAAAUCAGCCCAGCAGCCUCUACCGGAGCUCAGCGGGUUCAUUUCUCCACAAUCAGAGGAAGGGGAAGAGGGGCUGGGGGGAAACUCAGGAACAAACAGGAAGCAGAAAUAAUGAGACACAGGUGGCAGGAAUUAGACUGCACCAGAGAGGGGGAGGGUAGCAGAAUCACUCCCAGCCUCAUCACUGAUCUGCAUGUGGAACAAAUUAUCCUCAUCUCUCCUCCUGGAGGAUCUGCUGCUGCUUUCACACACAAGAACAUCAUCUUUACUGUCAGGCGUUUCAGACAUUAAUCAGCUGCUGUGAUAACCUCGUUUUUAUUGUUUAUUGCUGUGAGUUGAGAAGAGGAGCUUUUUUAUUCAGUAAAAGCCCCAAACCGGUUUAUUCCGGUCCAAACUGCGGUUCUUUGGCGUUUCUAAAAUAUUGUUGACCCGUUUCUCCUACUCCAAGAUGGCGGCGCCGCUGACGCAUCCCUCCGGAAGCUCUCACCCUGGAGUCCGGCGGAAGUUUAGCUGCUGCUAACAGUUAGCUUCCUUUGUGCGGCCCGAGUAGGCAGAGACGGUGGUUCUGUUGGACCGGAGCGGAACAUCCGAGCUGCGGCAGCAACAAUGUGUUCCGUCCAGCCUCUGAGAGACUUCAUCCGGGAGAGACUGACCGCCGCCGCCGAGGAGAUCUUCUCCGAGGUGGAGAGGACCAUCGGCCGCUUCGAGGAGGAGCUGGACGCGCAGCGCAAGCUGCUGGCGGUGUGCCUGAAGCCGCAGGUCCGGCUGCACAGGAUCGAACAUCUUCAGCACCACGUUUGUAAGGAGGAGGUUCUAACGGGCUACGAGAGUACCUGCAGUCUGGACCGGGCCGAACCAGAACCUCUGCGCAUCAAAGAGGAGCAAAUGGAACCAAACCACAUUCUGAUCGGACCCGACCCAGAAGAACCAGACCCUGCACAGCUCACAGAGACUCUGCCGGAACCAGAAGCUCCACAUGUAGGAGAAGCUGCAGAGGAACCAGAACCUUUCCAGAACCUGGACGAUCAGGAGGUUCUGUCAGAACCGGACCGGCCACAGAUCAUAGACGACCUGGGCGAGUUGGAAUACCUGGACUUUGACGAGUACCUGGACGACCCGGAAAGUCCGCAGAUCAUAGAUGACCUGGAAGAACCAGAACCGCAAAACAGAACCAGGAAAGUGGAGUUUUGGACCCGACACGAUGAUGAGGGUCUGCUGCUGAGGAAGGAGUUUGAUACCUUCGUGCCUCGACAGAGAAAAUCCAAAACCGAAGAACCGGUACCGGGUUCUGACAGCCUAGCAGAAAUCCAACAGAACUACAUCUAUGGGGAGGAGGUUCUGGCUGAACAGGAACAGAACUUCAGUCUGGACCUGACGGUACCGGACCAUCCUCAGAUCAAACAGGAACAGGAAGAAGUUGGAUCCGGUCAGGCCGGCCAGAGAGCGGAGACCGACAUCUUCAUGGUGACGGUGAACUACGACGAGAGUGAGCACAGCGAACCAGAACCCAGCAGCUCCCAGCAGUCCGAAGACUCCGACGAACCCAAACCGUUCGUCUGCAAGACGUGUGGCAAGAGGUUCUCCAACAUGUUGCUGCUCCACGACCACCGGGACACCCACCAGAAGGAGAAACCCUACUCCUGCCAGCUGUGUACGCGGCGGUUCGCCCGGCGGGACUCUGCCUUCCGCCACAUGAUCACCCACACCGGGGAGAAACCCUUCCCCUGUCAGAUCUGUGGGGAGAAGUUUGGCCUCAACAGCCACCUGCUGCGCCACCUGAGGAGACACACGGGCGAGAAGCCUUUCUCCUGCCACAUCUGCCACAAGCGCUUCAGCCAGAGCAACACCCUGACCUGCCACGUCAGGACCCACACGGGCGAGAAGCCGUACCCCUGCAGGGUGUGUGGAAAGGGCUUCGUCAGGCGCAGCGCCAUGAACAUCCACAUGAGGAUGCACACCGGAGAGAAACCCUUCACCUGCAAGGUGUGUGACAAAACCUUCAGUCGGGGGACGGGGCUGAGCUACCACAUGAGGACCCACACCGGAGAGAAGCCGUACUCCUGCAAGCUGUGUGGAAGAACGUUCCGGCAGUCCAGCCACCUCAUGUGUCACAUGAAGAACUUUCACCUGGACUGGACCCGAGAGAAGAGAUCUCGCUCUCCAAUAGAGGAGGAGGUCUAGAUCUACCGUAGAGAGUAGAAGUCUAGAGCCGUGAACAAUAUGAAGUUUAUCCUUUUGCAGAAUGAGUCAAACUGAAUCCGGUUCUGAUUGAACCCGGUUCUGAGACCAAAAGGUCUACUGGGGGCCCAGGCGAACCAGAACUGUUAUAGCACGUCAUCGUGCCCAUUAGGCGGUGCUAUUAGCAACAGUGUUAGCAUAGCUACAUGCGCUGCCUUCACCACAGAGAGGGAGAUAUGGCAAACCUGUUUAUCAUAUAAUUAUGUUGGAUUCUUAAACAGAAUCCUUAGUGACUCGUUGAUGUUCUCCAGAACCUCCAGAACCUCCAGUCUUCCAGCUGAUCAAACUGCAGCAGAGGAUCCAUGUUCCUCUGGACCGACCAGAAGAGCUCAUCAUCAGCUCCACCUGUCCUGCUGCUGCUGCUCACAUCACUACUUUGGUUCUGGUUCGGUUGGACCCAGAUGACCAGAGUGGUGAGCUUGUUGACUUCUAGCUGUAGAGCUCUAAGAUCAUCUUUCAACUCAGAGAGACGGAGAAAUGGUUCAGAGGCUCAGCAGGAAGUUUUUCUAGCUGUGGUUCCGGUACCAGACGGUGGAGAACCUCCAGUCGUCCACAGCUUGACCAGCCCAGAAAGGUGGUCCAGUUCUCUGAAUGUACCCAGAACCAGAAUUGGCACAUAUUCAGGUCAGGGGAACCAGAGGUCCGAUUCUACCGGCUCCCUUGGAACUGACGCUGAAACCUCCUGGUACCGCUCGAGGUGGUUCUGCUCUGCUGACACUAAUUUGACCAGAACCAGGUUCUGCUUCUGACCCGUUUACAUUGAUAUCUGGGUUCCUGUCUCUGAGGCAAAUGGACUGAACUAGUGAACACCAGAACCAGAACCGGACUCACACAUUUAUACCUCAGACAUCAGGAGGCAACCUGGGGUUAAGUGCCUUGCUCAGGGGCACGUCGGCAGGAGGAAGCUGGAACCGAACCGACCCUGACCUGUAGCGCUACGCUAACACCUAGGACGCUCAUCAGUCUGAAGCCCCGCCCCUUCCUGUCCGGACCGGCUGAUGGGUCGGUUCCCGCAGCAGAACCUCUACAGAACAAAUAUCCAGAAUACGUGAGGAGAUGAAGUGGAUCUCUAGAACCGGUUCCGGAUCACGAGGGGUGGAAAUCACGGCCACAGGAUCGGAUUUCUGACCCGGCUGGGAACCAGAACCUGACGUCCAGGUACAGAGAAGAGAAUGUGAUGCUGGUGGCAGGCCAGCUGAACAGAACCAGAAGGUUCUGGAGGCAACAGACUGAAGCGCAGCAGAGUUCUGGUUACACUAAAAUAUUUAUUUACGCCGUAAACACGAUGGAGGAGAAAUUCUACAGAAUAACUUUCAUGGAACCGGGUUGGAACCGGAAUCGUCCGGCUGAUGGUUUCAGUGUGAUGUCAUCAGUUCUAGUUAAAUGUUUUCUGUCUGGCCUGGAUCUCAGGAAGGCUUCAGCUCUUCAGGACUUUGGACCCAGCAGAACCGGGUCUAGAAACCCGAGCUGCUCCUUGGACAGUAAUGGCUGCCCACAGGCUGCGUUGGUCUCCAUGGUAACCAGCAGGAGCGUAUUGUUUGAGUGGUUCCUUCAGAAAUGCUCCAGGAGAAACUGCAGGUUCUGUUUGGACCUGGACCCGUUUUAGUGAAAACUCAGAAAGUUCCGGAUAUGCUAUCUGGGUUUCUAGAACUGAAUCUGGAGCAGCUCCUCCAGAGACACUCAUUCAAAUAUUCCAACCUGUUUUCCAUCCGGUUUCUUUGCAGAGGAUUCUGAAUGUUUUCUAUCAUGUGCCUGUUCUAAUAUUUAGCAUCUAUGUUUCUGAUUGUAUUCAUGUGAGCUUCUACUCUAGAUGUUCUGGUUCUGUGCUGUAGAACAUCACUAGAAAUAAAGCUUGUGGAGAAGUUGGACACUAA